GGCUAGCGCAGGCGCGGGUACCCGGUUGGUCCGCGCGCGCUGCACUGUGAGGCUAUUUCGCGCAGUGCGUCCCAGCCAGCUCUUCGUGCGGAGUGGUGUGUGUGAUUCCUUUUACUUGAGAUCAUGCAGAGAGCCUCACGUCUAAAGAGAGAGCUGCACAUGUUAGCCACAGAGCCACCCCCUGGCAUCACAUGCUGGCAAGAUAAGGACCAAAUGGAUGAUCUGCGAGCUCAAAUAUUAGGUGGAGCCAACACACCUUAUGAGAAAGGCGUGUUCAAGCUGGAAGUUAUCAUUCCCGAGAGGUAUCCAUUUGAACCUCCUCAGAUCCGAUUUCUGACUCCGAUAUAUCAUCCAAACAUUGAUUCUGCUGGAAGGAUUUGUCUAGAUGUUCUCAAAUUGCCACCAAAAGGUGCCUGGAGACCAUCCCUCAAUAUUGCAACUGUGUUAACCUCUAUUCAGCUGCUCAUGUCAGAACCCAACCCUGAUGACCCACUCAUGGCUGACAUAUCCUCAGAAUUUAAAUAUAAUAAGCCAGUCUUUCUCAAGAAUGCCAGGCAGUGGACCGAGAAGCAUGCAAGACAAAAUCAGACGGCUGAUGAAGAAGUGCUUGAUAAUCUACCAGAGUCCAGUGACUCUGAAGUACAGAACUCAACACAGAAAAGGAAAGCCAGGCAGCUAGGAGGCAUACAAAAGAAAUUUCUUCCUGAUGUUAAGGGGGUUUUUCCUGGUCCCUCUUAGUUAAUACAUUCUUUGCCAUGGUGGUCUGAUUUGCCUACCUUUCUUGGAUGUUUUUCUUUGUAUUUGAUGACAUCAUAAUUUUUGUAUCCUAUAAAAGACUCUGUAUGUUUAUCUAUUCUGCUCUAUGUGGUUCUC